AUCUACAAGAACCACUCACUCCGUCACAUUUGUUAACGGGACGAAGAUUACUGAGUAUGCCAGAGCAGGACAUUGGCAAUGACAUAUUAGAUCCCGAAUUCUCGUUAAACGAUAAGGACUUAAGUCGAAGAAUGAAGCACUUGAGCACACUAAUGAAUCAUUUCUGGACCCGUUGGCGUGACGAAUAUUUAAUGGAACUGCGCAAUUCACACCGCGGUAAGAACGACAACGGAAAGGGAACUAUCCGUGCGGGGGAUAUAGUUGUGGUUCACGACGAGUCGCAACCUCGAGCAUGUUGGAGAUUGGGCAAAGUCGAAAGGUUGAUCAACGGAGAGGACGGAAACGUGCGGGGAGCGAUCGUUAGAAUCAGUCCAAAGGGGAAACGGCCGACGACUUUGAAAAGAUCGGUACGGUUACUUUACCCACUAGAGGUAAGGUCCGACUCGGAAGCUGAAGAAAAUCGUUACGGAAAGAACGAACUUGACGAAGCGAUCGGAAAUGAAAUGAACCAAGUCGAAGUAAAGAGACCAAGACGUGAAGCGGCGAAGCGGGGAGAAGAACGGCGAAGGAAAUGGAUCGAGGAACUGAAUGACAGCUAA